AUGUCCAAAGUCACGUCCCUUUCCUGGGCUGCCGGCGCGUGCCUCUCAUGCAAGGUAGCAUCGAAGCCCGUCCUGUUUCACGUGCAGACGUGUGUACGGGAUCUUGUGGCUCCGGGUCCGCGGUCGUGGCGGCUGCCUGUUAAUGAAACCAUUGCGGCCCAAUACAACAAUGUCUCGAGCUUCAAAGGCUCUCAAUACAAUGCUGGGCAAGAGAACCAGCCCCCCACUUACGACGAAGCAACAAAAGAUACCGUGCCAAGCUUCCUGAGGGCAAAGCGGGAGGGAGAGCAAAGGAUCAAUGCGAAGAGGAGGCAACAAGAGGAAAAGCAAGGCGAGGGACUUGAUCGCUCCAUAUUGGCCUACCUUGUAGGCAAGCAACCUGAGGGUGACAUUAGCCAGACCCAGCAGGACAAGCACCCCAUGGGCAUGAACACCUAG